UGCAGGGGAAGUGGAGAGUCAGCAUGGCUGGACGAGUAUUAGCCAAAUUUGUGUUCUCUUCUUUUACUGCUGUUUUGUUCUCCCUGUUGCUCUCUGCUAUACAGUGUUCAGGGCUGAUUUGUGGACACUUUGAAUAUCCCUUACAUAAUCGAUGCUGCAAGGAGUGUGCUCCUGGUGAGGGAAUGAGAAACCGCUGCUCGCCAUCAUCCGAAACUGAAUGCAUCCCCUGCCAAGAUGGAUACUAUAACUCAAAGCAUAACUACUAUCCGUGCACAAUCUGCACCGUCUGUGACACAGAUAGGGGAAGCAUGGAGGUGAAGAAGUGUGAUAAAAUCUCAGAUACAGUUUGCGUGUGCAUGAAGGGUUACACCCCAUACGACAGCGGAUCGUCAGAGGAAUCUCCAUCAGGAAGAGAAUGCUUCCCUUGUCCUGAUGGGCAUUUUUCCGAUGGAAACAACGACAGAUGCCGGCCCUGGACCAACUGCACCGCGUAUGGCAAAAAGACUCUCAGAGCUGGGACAAGAAUAGAAGAUGCCAUCUGCGAUGACCAGGACAAACAGGCCACCACACUCCAAACAUCCACCUUAUACCUUUCUAUCAUCAGCCGCAGAAGCAAUGGAUCUACUACAGCACUCACCCCCUUCACGUCCAGAGACACCCUUUCCACCACUCCCGUUAAAAAGGAGACUAACUGGGGGUCUUUAUCGCUCAUUUUGAUUUGCUUAACAUUGCUCAUGGUAUCUGGAAUGUCCAUCCUCCUCUUGAUUAUCCAGACGACCAAAAAGGAGAAGCCAAAGAGGCCUCCUGUGAAUGGACAACUUGAUGGAAGGAGCUUUCGAAUUCCUAUCCAAGAAGAGCAAAUCGACUCCAAUUCCAGCCUCAUCAAAAACUGAUUCCCUGUUUUACUACAGUGCACUGUCAUCUGAGCCAAACAGUAGGAACCUAGCAAUGCAACCGGGGCGGCAAGCUGCGGGGGACGGCCUGCCAGUCGCUGUGAGGGCAGCA